GACAGGCAGAGAGAGAUUGGAGAGACUGGAGAGAGAGGGAGGGACUGUACGUACCAGACUGUGAGAAACAGUUCUCUUACCAUACACUCCUAGCUGGGUGUUUUCCCUCAUUACCAAACCCUCAUGCUGGUCCUCGUUCCUCACUGCCCUGAUCACUCCAUGGGACUCCAGACCCGGCCGCUAAGCGACCCAGCUCUCUCCUCCUCUAUGGCGUGCCUCGACGUGGAGACCCCCGCCGUCUGCAGGGUCCUCCAGCGCCGCCUGCAGCAGAGACGCACCCGUGAGCAGCUAGUGGAGCAGGGCAUCAUGCCACCACUGAAAUGCCCUGCUGCCUUCCACGAACAGAUCCGCAGCCUGCAGAGGUCCAGGACUGAGAACUUCUUGAAGCACAAAAUCCGCAGUAGACCUGAACGUUCAGAGCUGGUCCGCAUGCACAUCCUGCAAGAGACCCAUGCGGUGCCCUCACUGCAGGCUACUCAGAUGAUGCUGAAGAGAGCCAGGCUGGCUGAUGACCUCAAUGAGAAGCUGGCCCAGCGACCCGGCCCCAUGGAGCUGGUGGUCAAGAACAUUCUGCCUGUAGAACCCAGCCUCGUCAAGGACGACGUCACCGAUCCCGCAGACGGUGAGGUGGAGAAUGACUUCCCCAAGACGAAAACACUGGAUGUGUACAACUUUGACGAGGACAGCGGCGACGCCCUGUCCCCAGAGCAGCCGGCCAGCCAGGAGUCCCAGAGCUCCUCUGCCCCCUCCCCACCGACCAGCUCCAUCACCAUGCAGCACUGCCCACCUACCUCCCAGUCCACAACAGACUUCUUCAACUUCUCUCAUGUCUCCACCAAUGAGCAUCAGAACAAUCGCCUGGUGACCACGCCUCAGCCAAUCACCAUUGUUGCCCCUCCAAAGCCGGGGCCCAUGUUAGUAAAGCAAAGCCAGCCAAAGACACCCAAUGACAAGAGCCGCAGUAAAAAGAAUAAGGAUCCCAAGCCGCGGGUGAAGAAGCUGAAGUACCACCAGUACAUCCCCCCGGACCAGAAACAGGAGGCCAACGAGGCCCCCAUGGACUCAGCCUACGCCAGGCUACUGCAUCAGCAGCAGCAGUUCCUCCAGCUGCAGAUACUGAGCCAGCAGCAGCAGCACUAUAACUACCAGACCAUCCUGCCUGCCCCACUCAAGUUGAUGGAGGAUCAGAACAGCUGCUCCAACGUAUCUCUGAGUGGCAGCAGUCUGUCCAGUCCCAUCAUGGUCUCUCUACCCAGCGCUGCCCCAGCACGGUCUAACCAAACUCUGACAAACCGCAAGCCUGGUGUCCUACCUACCAACCUGGACGAAAUGAAGGUAGCUGAGCUGAAGAUGGAGCUGAAACUGCGAGGUCUUCCGGUGUCUGGCACCAAGACUGACCUGAUAGAGAGACUAAAGCCUUAUCAGGAGAUCCCCAGCAGCCAGGCUGCCACUGCCAUGGAGCUGACAGGCCACACAGGGGCCCCACCGCCUGAGAGCAUGAGCUCCACACCCCCUGUGUCCCCCGCGCCCUCGGAGGUCUCCAGCCUGGGCAUGGAGGAGGCUGGGAUGCCAGGAGCUCUUUCCCCAGCUCGGCACACUCAUUCUGGGUCGUCUCCCCACCAAGGCCGCCUGGAGGACAGCCCAAUGGAGACCAGAACCUCAGAGAAGGACCAGCGACUGCACGAGAAGGAGCGUCAGAUCGAGGAGCUGAUGAGGAAGCUGGAGCAGGAGCAGAGGCUGGUGGAGGAGCUGAAGAUGCAGCUAGAGGUGGAGAAGAGGGGUCUGCCCAGCCCUCCAGCCCCCAUGGCCCUGGCCCAGGUCAAAGAAGAGGGCAGGGCCGCCUCAAACUGCUCUGCCUCUGCACAUAGCCCACUAGCAGUGGUGAAACAGGAGGAGCCCAGCUCAGGCCAGGUACAGACGUCCCCCCUGCCUCAGUUCUUCAUCAGCCACCAGCAGGUGCCUCAGGUCCUCAGACAGCCCCAGCCUCAGACUUCGCUGUCUGGCCAGCCUGGGACACAGAUCCUGCUGCCUGUCUCCCUGCCCACCAGCACUGCCACCAUCCAGCUACCGAACAACAGCAUUAAGCUGCAGGUCAGAGAGCCGGUCCUACAGACCACAGUUAGCACUACAGCUCCAGGCCUCAUCCAGAAAACAGAGGCCUCAGCACCCCACCACCACCAACACACCACCCAGACCCAACCCAUGGCACAGACGACAGUCCCACUGUGCACCACCACCACCUCAGGCUCUGGGUUCCAGUUCAGAGCAGGCCCAGGUCAGACAGAGAUCCCCCAGUGUUUCCUAAACACUUCCCCAGGGAGCAGGUCCCCUGCCAGGGCCUCGUCCAACCAAGCAGUCCCCAAUGGUCCAACAAACAAGUCCCCCUCUGCCUGCCAGCCCAACUUCUCAAACCACGUCCCCAGGAAUAAGGACCCGCCACGCUACGAAGAGGCUGUUAAACAGACGCGCAGAAUGCAGACUGCUGCACAGGUGCCCACUGCAAUCAGCCAGCACAUGGACGACCUGUUUGACGUGUUGAUCGAGAGUGGAGAGAUCUCCCCAUUCAUCAGACAGGACCCUUCCUUUCCAGACAAGCUACUUCCUGUGACCGCCAGCGUAACCACCCUGCCCUUCAACACGGUGCUAUCCCGCCCCCCGCCCCAGAUCCUGGUGGCCCGCCCACCCGCCCCCACCCUUAACCCCCCGGGCCCACCCAGCCUGACAGCCCUGGCCAUAGACAACCAGCUGGAGGCCUUCCUGGAAGGCACGCUGAAGGGGGAGACUGAGCCCCGGACACUGAGGUUGAUGGAAGAGCUGCACAGUCAGCUGCUGGAGCACUCCCCCCACUCCCCCAUGGACACGGACACCACCGAGUUCAACAAUGUCAGUGCACCCCCCUCCAGCUACCACCUGGACCACACCAACCUGGACAACAUGGAGUGGCUGGACCUGACCAUGCCCGGGCCGACGGGGGGGCUCAACCCACUGGGCCUUCCCCCGCUUGGGGUCUUCUCCUCUGACUUCCUGGAUUCCCAUGACCUGCAGCCACAUUGGGACUAAGGGGUGUCAAUGUGACCCCCCCAAAGAGGCCUAUUCAGACAGAGGGCUGUCAGGGAGAGACACACAAAUAAGUGAGACGGAGAGCACACUCCUUCUCCAGUGGAGGUGGGGGAGGAGAGUGCAGUGCUGCUGGCCUUGUGUCCCUGUGGGCAGUUCUGUGCAGGGCUAAAGCAGUACUGGUGGUGGAUCUCACUGCUCUGAGCAGCUCAGAGUGCUAGAGGCACGGACCCUCCUUCCUCACUGGAUAUACAGUAUAGCUGUUUCCCUCUGAGGUAUCGUCCCUCAUAACAGCCACUCAUUCUAAGGAAGGCUAAGCACCCGCUGGGCUGUGGUAUAGAUCAAUGGUAUGAACAGGUUGAUCUCCCCCUGUGGUCUCUUUCAGAAGAGGACCUGGUCUGAGGAAGGGUGGCCUCUCCUGAAAUGGCGUUACAGUAGAUAGGCUCAGGAUGAGAACUCGCUAGUGGAAACAGAUGUUGACCCAGGUGUUAGAGAAUUUCACGCCUGGUUCUGACUGCGCCAGUGGCAUGGCUACUGACUGACGUUCGUGAUAAAUUUGGCAGACAGCGCAGAGAGAUUGUAUAUAUUAUAAGCCUAUGUCUACAGUAGCACUAGUCUGUCUGCUCUGCUGCAUACAUCACUAAGGCAGCUGUAUUACAGUCCUGUGUGUGUAUGUAUGUAUAUGACCUAUUGGAAUGUGGUAUUAGCUUAGCAUUAUGGCUUUGAAAUUACUGCCUUUGCUUUAAUCAGUGCCCCCAUGCGAUUCCCAUCACAGGAGGGAAUUGGACACAGAUGCUAAAAGACUGCACAUAUUGCAUUAUGCCUUAUAAGACCAUUUGCCAAAUAUCUUGCUAUUUUCAAGGUGUUGCUUUCACUUAAUUCAACUAAAGACUUUGCAAAGAGUACACAGAGUGAUGACUGAUUGUGUUGUCACUCAAAUGAAGCAGGAGACUACUUAAAGUAAAGUGUUAACAGUAAGCAGCCUUAUAUCAUGUAAGAUUUAAAAAAAAGUGAGUGCAUGAAACCCACAUUUAGUAUCAUUGGUUGACAAUACGAUAGCUGUCGGCCUGAGAACUCUUGAAUUCAUCCGAAUUAGAAGUUGAGAGGCCUCACAUUUUUAGCAGCUGUUGUUCUUACUCUAUUCUUAUGUGGGGGAGAGUAGGGCCAAUGUGAGUUUGUUUACCAAACUGCAACGUGCUUUCCCUUAGUGUCCAUGGGGUCACAAUAGGUGGCACAGCACCCCACAGCACUCCUGUAGCUUGCCAGGCCCAUGCCUAUGCCCUUUAUAUUAUCGACAAAAGAGCCUUUGAAAAUGUUCUCUCUCUCAACCCUAUUGUCAAGUCUGGAGUGGAUUUAUCCCAAUGUACAGAUCAGCUGAAUCUUGCUUGUUUAUGUGUGACAUGCAGUGCACAUGCGCUAGAGCUGGUGUGUAGAGCUGGUGUCUGUGUGUGCACUGCACAUCUGUGUUGCAUAUCGCUUUUGCUUGUUUUGACUCUCGGAACUGGCAGAAAUAUAGCCAGUAAAUUCCCCUCAGCAUUUCAAUGGCUCUCUUCAAUAUACCGUCUGACCUUAGUUGGCUGACAUAUCGAGAACAGACAAGUUGACAUCAUUCAGUUUGACAAGCCAGGGAGUCACAGUGAAUCAGCAGAGGUGGUUCAAGGCUGUCUUGUGCUUUUGUGAUCAGCUUAGCAAUAUUUGUGGCUAUAGUCCUGCAGGUUCAAAUGUAAGCAUCAUUAUUGUAUCAUUUUGUUGUAGUAGGCCUAAUGUGUCUCUAUUCAUGAAGCCUUAGUCCAGCAGAUUAUGUAGGGUCGGGAUUCCAGUCACUCACAUCAAGAGGCAACCUUUCAAAACACAUUUCAAAACACAGCAGUGUGUGAUCCAUAUGUACCAUUACUACCAACAGAUGGGUAUUAAAAUGAUCUCCACACUGUUGUAAUAGCCUUGGUUUUCACUCCUCACUCCCAGUUGAAGUAUUUUUUCAGGUCAAAAUCCUACAUAAUUAUUGCAAUCGUACACACGUAGUUAAAAAUGUCAUUACAGUGACAUAUACUGGCCAAAGAUAAAAUGUGAAAGCAUUUGAAGUGUUGAAACCGUUUUGGGGGGGCUCUACUAAAUUGCUGAAAGGUUUCUGUGUUUCUAAAGGCAGUUGCGUAGCCCCCCCAACAUGGAAGAAGCUUUAAAACACUAUUCAGCAUGAUAAAGUUUGACGCACCAACGACAGCGUAAGCAUUCCUUGGAAAUACAUUGCAGACAGUGCUAAAGAAAUAUGUCAUUUUAACAGUUUUGAUCAAUUAUAGCCUACCCGUCUGUCCCCUACCAAAGAAAAUUACUUAAAGGUCAAAUGCAGCCAUUUUCUAUCUCAAUAUCAAAUCAUUUCUGAGUAACAAUUAAGUACCUUACUGUGAUUGUUUUCACUUAAAAUGAUCAAAAAGAAACUAAAACAGCUCCUUAGCAAAGAGCCAUUUCUCAGCAAUAAUUUUACUAUGAUUGUCUGGGAGUGGUCUGAGUGGGGAGGAGAAAACUGAAAAGGUUUGGAACUCUUUCUUAUUGGUCUAUUAACUAAUUUACCGCCUGGCAAACCAAAACUCCAUCCCACGUAAACAGGCUGAAAUUUCAGGCGGCCUUUUUAAACGGCUCUAAAGACUAAAAUGGCAUUAUCAUAACUUUCACAAUUUCACAGUAUUAUUCCAACCUCAUAGUGCUGAAACACACUGAGUGUACAAAACACCUCUUUCCAGGUGAA